GCGGAGGCCCCGGCGGCCCAGGCGCGGAGGGGGAGACGGUCCCAAGAUGGCGGCGCUGCAGGCGGAGCGCGGGUACGGGCUGUCCUGCGGCCGGCUGGGCCGCGGCACCCGCGUCUCCGUCUUCCACGUGAAGCUGACGGAGAGCGCCCUGCGCGCCUUCGAGAGCUACCAGGCGUGUAAGGAUACUGUGACUUCAAAACCGGUAAUCCAGUUUCAAGGAAGCCAAGGGCACAUCGCAAUUCCCAGGCCGGACCGCCCGACCGAGGUGCGGACUUUCACCUUCUAUCUUUCCAACAUUGGCAAGGACAGCCCCCAGGGCAGCUUUGACUGCAUCCAGCAGUAUGUAUCCAGCAACGGCAACAUCCACCUGGAUUGCCUGGGGAGCAUACAGGACAAGAUCACUGUGUGUGCCACCGACGACUCGUACCAGAAGGCGCGGCAGAGCAUGGCGCAGGCGGAGGAGGAGACGCGCAGCCGGAGUGCCAUCGUCAUUAAGCCUGGGGGCAGAUAUGUAGGCAAAAAGGUUCAGGUGCGUAAGCCUGCACCAGGAGCUUCCGAUGCUGUUCCCUCCAGGAAGCGCCCAACGCCAGUCAACCUUGCCAGUGCAAUAAAGAGAGGCAAUAGCGCCAUUUCUCAGAGGCCCUUCAAAGAUAGGGUUGUGCACUUACUGGCACUAAAGCCUUAUAAGAAACCUGAACUUAUUCUCAGAUUGCAGAAGGAUGGACUUUCUCAGCAGGACAAGGAUUUGCUGGACAACCUUCUGCAGCAGGUGGCAAAUCUGAGUGCCAAGGACAGCACUUUCACACUGAAAGACUGUGUCUACAAAGAGGUGCAGAAGGACUGGCCUGGCUAUUCUGAAGGAGACCAGCAGCUGCUGAAGAGGAUUCUUGUCCGGAAACUCUGCCAGCCCCAGAACAGCAGUGGGUUUCAAGGAGAAGCACCUUCCCUGAGUCCUCCAAAAGACACCGCCAGCUCCGGCUCUCCUCCUCAGAAACGCUCCCAGCCGCUGGAGUUCAUCGAUCCCUUGGCCAACAAGAAGCCCCGGAUCUCACAUCUGGCUCACCGAGCUCAGCCCACCUUUAACGGGAAGCUGAACGCCAACGGGAAGGACGUCCCGGUCCCCAUCCCCGUCCCCUCUGCCGCGCUGCCACCGGCGCUGCCGGAGUCGGUGAGCUCCAGCUCCAGCCUCCCGGAGCUGCCCCGGCCCCACGACCCGCUGGCUGACGUCAGCAACGACCUGAGCCACAACGGCAGAGACUGCGAGGGCACGGAGCCGGCCGACAGGCUGAGCCUCCCCGCGCCCACAGACUGUGCGCAGACGAGCAAGCACAACUGCAGCUCGUAUGUAAAAAGCAAGAAAAAAUCCAAAAAGCACAAAGACAAAGAGAAAGAGAGGAAGGAGAAGAAAAGCGAAGAGAAGUGCAAAGAGGAGAAGCAGGACUGUGAAGUAAUAAAAAAUGCUGACUUAGGUAGCGUUCCGCAGGAUGCGCCAGGUUUAAAUGGGACAUGCAAUAACUCCAGUGUACCAACGUCAACUUCGGACAUGCCGGAUUAUUUAUUAAAAUACGCAGCCAUUUCCUCUUUGGAGCAGCGUCAGAGUUACAAAAACGACUUCAAUGCAGAAUACAACGAGUACAGAGACCUGCACGCGCGGAUAGAGCGGAUAACGCGGCGAUUCACACAGCUGGACUCCAAGCUGAAGCAGCUCCUGCAGGGCUCUGAAGAAUACAAGACCAUCCACGAUCAAAUCCUACAGGAAUAUCGGAAAAUCAAAAAGACCAACCCCAACUACAGCCAGGAGAAGAACCGCUGCGAAUACCUGCACAACAAACUGGCCCACAUCAAAAAACUGAUAGCAGAGUAUGACCAGCAGCAGUUCUGAGCGGUGGGACGCGCCGUGUGGGGCUGCAGCGGGCCGCCAUCCCUUCAGUGCCACUCGGCCCCGCUCACAGAUGAGCAUCAGUUCUCCGUGGCUGAAGAAUUUGGGGAUUGCGGACGGGGGCGCGCGGCCUGCUCUGCUUUUGGCCUCUCCGAACGCCGGAAGGCAACCGAUGGAACUCUGCUUAUUUCAAGACGCUUAAGGGAAAUAAAUCGCCUACAGCCACCGAAGCUCCCAAAGGUUAAAAAUCAGUUUUCACGGAUUAAAGUUUGGCAUGAAGUCCGAUCGCCCCUCUGGGUUCCUCUGGGUCACAGCUGCUCCUUCCAACGGCGAGGAGCUGCCAUGCUGCUGGGGUCCCCGUGGCACCUGCGACUGUUCCUGUUGUGAGCUGUGUGCUCCCAGCACCCAGAACCACCCUGCUCUGUGCUGCCGUGGCUGCGUGGGGACGGACAGACAGACAGACAGACAGACAGGCGGCCGCGGGGCUCUGUGUGCCGCCCCCCCCCCCCCCCAUAGCCCAGCCAUGGCGCUGCUGGGCCGCGUCCCGCCUUUGACUUUUGUAGUUUUGUACCCAGGGCGGCCGAUUUUACGACUCGCCGAUGAGGACUGUGGUCUAUUUUUGUAUUUAAAAAAACAAACAGAAAAAUGAACGAAAAGAACAGGAAAAAAAAAAAAAGAAAAAAAGGAAAAAAAAGAAAGAAAAAAAGGCAAAACAAACCAACAGCCACCAACCAACCAAACCCCGACCGUCUGCAUCUACAACUGUGCCUCCCUUCUCUCCUUUCAGGCCCGGCGUUUCCAAGCCUUCCCCCCAUGCUGAGGCGCUGUGGAGGAGCUGUGGGGCCGACCUGCAGCGUGGGAGCCGUGGGGCAGCGCUUUCCCAGUGGGGCGCCUCCCCCCGGCUCCUCCCCCAGCCUUUCUUCCUUUUCUGCUUUUCCUUUCUCUCUUUUUUCUUUCUUUAAUUUGGACUCUUAGGGGCGCCAGGAAGAUGCCAAACAGCACAAAGGUGCCCUUUGAAUGCCGCCGUUCCUUUCGGCCCCAUCCAUCCCACAGCGCCUUCGGCCCCGGGGCGGAGCAAAGGCAAAAAGCUCUGCUUCCCCUCUGCAGCUCUUCCCUAUUUUCCCACCUCCUCCCAUUCCUAAACAUCCAAACGGGUCCAGCUGCUGGAUGAAACCCAGUGGUAACAAAAUUCCCUUCUGCUUGGAUGCUUUGUGAUGCUCGCGGUGCCCCAGGGGGGGGGGAGCAGCACCCCC